AAACAAACGUAUCCUAUCAUAUUUUUCUAGAUAAAAAUAAGGCCCAAGACCUUUCAUGUAAAACCACAGAGACAGGGACGCUCACAACUCACCAAAAACGUCAUUAUCCUCCCCCACGCAUUGUCCACUCUUCUUCCUUCUCCAUUUUUUUAAAUUCAUCCCAGAGGACCUGGUUACACCCAAGUUUUUUCAUUUCUCUUCUCAAACUCAUUGUUUUCCCUUCAUUUUCUCACUUGGGUAGUGGUGUUUUAAUUACUUUGUUCAGUCUAUAAUUUUUUCUUUUUGUUUUCUUUUCGACUUUGGGAAACCUUGCUUUAUUUAUUCAUUUAUUUGUUUUUCCUAUUUUUGUAGACUUCUUCUUAGUUCCUGUCAAGAGAUUUUACUUUGUUGUUGACCUUUUCCUAGAUCCAAUCGGUCGAGGGUCUUGCUUUGUAGCUUCUGGGAUCGUAUUAAUGAUAGAUUUGAUCAGAUCAGAAAGUUGAGUUGCUUACUGAUUCAGAAUUUUGAGGUCCCUUUUUUGGAUUUCUUCAUAUGUUUUCUGUUUUUUUGGAUAGUUCUUGUUUUUAACUACAGUUUUCUCGAUUUAGAUGAUUGUUGAUGAUAGAAACAAAUAAUUUUCAACGAAGUAGCUGGUAAUUACUUCUAUUUGCUGUUCUUCCUGCCUUUCAUAGUAUCUCUUGCGCUUUCAUUUCGUAGGCUACAAGUUAAGCUUUUAGUUUGAUCGAUACUCUUUUUAGUUUUCAAAGUUGAGAUCAAUUGUGUGUGGAUUGUGAUAAUAUGGAUAGAUGAGAUUAGAUCUUGAUGUUGGAGUUGGAGGAAGAUUUUAGAAGUGAUUGAUUGCUUAAGGAGACAGAUGGGUAAUACUUGUGUAGGACCUAGCAUUUCCAAGAAUGGAUUUUUUCAGUCUGUAUCUGCUGCAAUGUGGCGGUCCCGAUCACCGGAGGACUGUAUUUCUCAGGCUAAUGAAGAAUCUGUCCGUGAAACAACAUCUAAAGAACCUGAAUCACCUUUGCCUGUCCAAAAUAGUCCCCCAGAACAAAUAGUGAUGCCAAAACCAGAAAAACCUGAGAAACCGGAACAACCCUCGAAACCUAAGAAAGCCCCUCAAAUGAAAAGAGUGUCUAGUGCGGGGCUCAAAGUAGGAUCUGUUUUGCUAACUAAAACUGGCAAUUUCAAGGAGUUCUAUAGUUUGGGCAGGAAACUAGGGCAAGGGCAAUUUGGGACAACGUUUCUUUGUGUAGAUAAAGCAACAGGGAAAGAGUAUGCUUGCAAAUCUAUUGCAAAGAGAAAAUUGUUGACUGAUGAGGAUGUGGAGGAUGCUAGAAGGGAAAUUCAGAUAAUGCACCAUAUGGCUGGUCAUCCUAAUGUCAUAUCCAUUAAAGAAGCAUACGAGGAUGCAAUGGCAGUACAUGUUGUUAUGGAGCUUUGUGCAGGUGGUGAGCUCUUUGAUAGGAUUGUUCAGCGUGGGCAUUAUUCAGAAAGACAGGCAGCUGAGCUCACUAGGACAAUAGUUGGAGUAGUAGAGGCUUGCCAUUCAUUAGGUGUGAUGCAUCGAGACCUUAAGCCUGAGAAUUUUCUUUUUGUUAAUCAGCAAGAGGACUCGCUUCUUAAAACAAUAGACUUUGGUUUAUCAAUUUUCUUCAAGCCAGGAGAAAAAUUUAGUGAUGUGGUUGGCAGCCCAUACUAUGUCGCACCAGAAGUUCUGAAAAAACAAUAUGGUCCAGAAGCAGAUGUAUGGAGUGCUGGAGUAAUUGUUUACAUUCUGUUAAGUGGAGUUCCUCCCUUUUGGGCAGAGACCGAGCAGGGCAUCUUUGAACAGGUCCUUCAUGGUGAUCUAGACUUCUCUUCUGAACCUUGGCCUAGUAUCUCAGAUGGUGCUAAGGAUUUAGUAAGGAGAAUGCUUGUGCGAGAUCCUAGAAGACGGAUAACUGCACAUGAAGUUUUGUGCCACCCAUGGGUGCAGGAAGAUGGUGUAGCUCCUGAUAAGCCUCUGGAUUCCGCUGUCUUAAGCCGAAUGAAGCAAUUUUCUGCUAUGAACAAGCUGAAGAAAAUGGCCCUUAGAAUCAUUGCAGAGUGCCUAUCUGAAGAAGAAAUAGCUGGGCUAAAAGAAAUGUUUAAGAUGAUAGAUACCGAUGAUAGUGGUACAAUCAGUUUUGAGGAGCUUAAGGCUGGAUUGAAAAGAGUUGGAGCAAAUCUCAACGAAUCCGAAAUUUAUGAUCUAAUGCAAGCAGCUGAUGUAGACAAUAGUGGCACAAUCGAUUAUGGGGAGUUUCUAGCUGCAACAUUGCAUCUUAACAAAAUUGAGAGAGAAGAUCAUCUAUUUGCGGCAUUUUCAUAUUUUGAUAAGGAUGGAAGUGGCUAUAUUACUCCAGAUGAGCUUCAACAAGCUUGCGAGGAGUUUGGCUUAGAAGAUGUUCGCUUGGAAGAAAUGAUUAGAGAAGUUGAUCAGGACAAUGAUGGACUGAUAGAUUACAAUGAGUUUGUGGCUAUGAUGCAAAAAGGAAAUGUUGGAGGUGCCAAUAGGAAGGGCCUGGAAAAUAGUUUCAGCAUUGGAUUUAGAGAUGCUCUCAAGCUCUAGUUGCAUAGGCAAAGAGUUGAUUUCUUUCUUUUAUUUUUCCUUCUUGUGGAACUAAAGGUUGUAUAGGGGAUCAAGUUAAGAAUCAGGCUAGCUUUUACAUUUGCACGGAUAAGACUUUCCAUUUUUCGUAUGAAAUAUCCUCAAAACAUGCACAUUAA